GUUGGGGUAUUGGGAGGUUUUGAGGGCGGUGAGGUGUCCUUUCUGGACUGCGCUCGAUCUGUGCAACUGAUAACGAGUGUACAGAGGGACGAUCCACAUGUGACAAUGGAGGAAGGAUACGAACUUGACCUGACCUACGUCACAGAGCGCAUCAUCGCCGUAUCCUUCCCCAGGGGCUGCUCGGAGGGGACCUAUCAGCACAACCUGCAGGAUGUCACGCGCAUGCUCAAGUCCAAGCAUGCCGACAACUACCUGGUCAUUAACCUGUCAGAACGGAGAUACGAUCUCUCCAAGAUGAACCCCAAGACCAUGGAUAUGGGCUGGCCUGACCUUCACGCUCCUCCGCUGGAUAAGAUCUGCACCAUCUGCAAAGCCAUGGAGACCUGGCUCCAGGCCCACGCCCAGCACGUGGUGGUCAUCCACUGCCGGGGGGGAAAAGGCCGGAUUGGAGUGAUCAUCUCCUCCUACGUGCACUUCACCAACAUCUCAGCCAGUGCGGAUCAGGCCCUCGACCGUUUCGCCAUGAGAAAGUUCUACGACGACAAGGUUUCCGGCUUAAUGACGCCCUCGCAGAAGCGGUAUGUGUGGAUCCUCCACAGUCUCCUGACCGGAGCCAUGAAAAUGAACCCCUCCCCUCUGUUCCUGCACUACGUCAUCCUCCACGGCGUGCCCGCUUUCCACAGCAGCGGAGUCUGUCAGCCGUAUGUGAAAGUCUACCAGGCGAUGCAGGCGGUGUACACAUCAGGAAUUUAUAACAUUGGAGCAGGAAAUAAAAGCAGAGUUUGCAUGGCCCUGGAGCCAGCCCAGAUGCUGAAAGGUGACAUAAUGAUUAAAUGUUACCAUAGAGACGUUCACACCUGCAGCCGGGAGGUGAUUUUCCGGCUCCAGUUUCACACGGGCGCGGUCCAAGGCUGCAGUCUAGUGUUCGAGAAGACCGACCUUGAGAACGCCAACAACGAUCGCAGAUUUUCGGAUUACGGGAAGGUGGAGCUGGUGUUUUCGGAAAGUCCGGAGAAGAUACAAGGCUGGGAGCGCUGGCGUAACGGACCGGACGUCACCGUGGACUAUAACACCGCCGACCCGCUGAUCCGAUGGGACUCCUACGAGACCGUCACCUCCGAGGGGGAAGUGCCGCACGCCCAGGGCCCAGUGGACGGCAGUCUGUAUGCCAAGGUGAGGAAGAAGAGUGUGGACGGAGCGCCGCCGGUGACCAGUAGCCCGGACCCCAGUGAGCAGGCCCUCUCCACGGGCAGCGACUCGGGCCACUCCAGCGCCUCCCUGUGGACCAAGCGGGGCCCGUCGCGGCAGGAGCGGGCGGAACUCAAGCGCCUCCUCAGCGGCAUCGGGCUGGACGGCGGCGCCGAGCCCGCGGGCGAGAUGGCGGAUGGCGGCGCGGGCGCGGCGGGAGGGGCCGGGGCUCUGCUCGUGGUCCCCGCCCUGGUGCACGUGAACGGGGACGCCCCCGGCGCCCGCGAGCGCGAGACGGACAUCCUGGACGACGAGGUGCCGUCGCACGACCUGCGGAGCGUGGACAGCAUCGGCACGCUCUCCUCCUCCGAGGGGCCCUGCUCCAACGCCCCGAGCCUGGGCCACUUCGGCUACCACAAGAGCAGCCAGAACUCCCUGCUGUCGGACGGCUUCGGCAGCCACACGGGCGAGGAGCCCCACGCCGCCCCCCUGGGGGGCGACCACGGCCUGGGCGGGCCUGAGGACUACGACCGGAGCUUCGGGGAGGCCAAACCGAGGGGCCCCGCCCCCGGCCCCCAGACGGCCUCCCCCAAGCCCCAGGGCUUCGGCCAGGACAGCUACUCCACCCACACCUGGGUCCGGCAGCAGCAGAUGGUGGCCGCCCAGCAGUACCAGUACCUCCCGGCCGAGAACGAGGCCGUCUCCCCGAAGGCGCGCGCAGUCCUGCAGCCGCCCACCAGGGGGCGGAGCAGCGCGGAGGCGGUGCAGAGGGUCGCGGGCGGCGACUCGACCGCGCCCAGCCGAGAGGAAGAGCUCAACGCGCUCACCGUGGACAUCGACCAGUCCAUCGACCAGCUCAACCAGCUCAUCAUGGACCUAGACCCCACCUUCGUGCCCAUUCCCACCCGCUCAAACUCCGUCAAAAAGGCCCACGCCAACGGAUCCGCCUCCGUCUGCGCCAACGGAGUGGGCCGUCGGCACAGUCCGGAGGACAUGCAUCCCAGCAUGCACCAGUCAGUGGGAGUGGCCGGUGAUGUCAGAGCGGGAGGCGCCCGGAGUCUGAGCAGGCAGGGCAGUGAUGUCACAGACCACCCAGGGCUCCGGACCCCGGGCUGGAGCACCCCGGAGAAGUUCCACAACUCUCCCCUCUACACGCCCAACCUGCCCCCCUCUGAGAGGGGGGUCCUGUACAGGAGUGACAGUCUGGGGUACAGGGGACUUUCGGAGGACCUGGACUGCAGGGUAGAGGCAGGGAGUGAUCAGGUCCCUCCCACACCCGCCUUCCCUGUCUCCCCGGCCACGCCUUACGUGAAGAACAUGGCGGAGUUCUCCCUGGCGAAGCUCGCGGGUCAAACCGGCGGACGGUACGAGGCCUACAGGACGGGGCACGAAUCCCGGAGCUACAUGGAGAACAUAAACCGCACCCCCAGCUCCACGGAGGGGGACCUCUUCUGCUCCGAGGUGUCGGUCUCGCCCUCCUCCUGCCAGAGGCCGUUCGGGUCGCUGCGGUCCGUGAGCACCAGCAGCCCGCUGUCGCAGUCCGACAGCCCCUCUGCGGGACAGCCCUGGCAGGACGGCGCCGCCAAGCCCCCCCUGAACCACCAGUUCGCCCCCCACUACCCCGGGUCCCUGGACUACCCCAGAGCGGGCGGGGGCCCAGACGGCCACCACUCGCCCCUGCUCUCCCACCCCGCCCCCAACUGCCACAGCUCCCCCAGGGGCGGGCCCCGGAGCCAGGGCAAGGCGGCCCUGAACCAGCCCAGCUUCGAGGAGCAGGAGGACAGCGGGCUGGACCUGUCCUCCCUGCUGGAGGGCGGCGGCCUGGGGCUGGAGCGCAGCCUGCUGGCGGCCGUGGAGGGCCUGGGGGGCGCCCAGCCCCCGCUCCCGGAGAAGAAGCGCGUGUCGGAGAGCGAGCAGUCGCUGGGGUCCCGCUCGCCCUCACUCAGCGGCUUCUCCAGCCCCCACAGCGGGAGCUCGGUCAGCAUCCCCUUCCCCAACACGCUGCCCGACUUCUCCACACGCAUCCUCAGCGCCUCCUCGCCCCUGCCCGAUGCGUGCGCCAGUAAGCACGAAACUGUGAAGUUUGUACAGGACACAUCCAAAUUUUGGUACAAGCCAGACAUCUCGAGAGACCAAGCCAUCGCCGUCCUGAAGGACAAAGAGCCGGGCUCCUUCAUCGUCCGGGACAGCCACUCGUUCCGGGGGGCCUACGGACUGGCCAUGAAGGUGGCCACUCCCCCGCCCUCGGUCCUGCAGCAGAGCAAGAAAGUGGGAGACCUGGCCAACGAGCUGGUCAGACACUUCCUGAUCGAGUGCACGCAGAAAGGAGUCAGGCUGAAGGGUUGCCCCAACGAGCCCUACUUCGGUAGUCUCACGGCGUUGGUCUGUCAGCACUCCAUCACCCCGCUAGCGCUACCCUGCAAGCUCAUCAUACCAGACAGAGAUCCUCUGGAGGACAUUGUAGACUCUCCUGCACAGUCCGCCACAAACUCAGCUACGGAGCUGCUCAAGCAGGGAGCAGCCUGUAACGUGUGGUUUCUGGGCUCGGUGGAGAUGGAGUCUCUCACCGGCUCUCAGGCGGUGCAGAAGGCUGCCAGCGUGACUCUGGCCAUGGCUCCGCCCCCCACGUCCACGGUGGUCCACUUCAAAGUGUCCGCCCAGGGCAUCACGCUGACCGACAACCAGAGGAAACUCUUCUUCAGAAGACACUACGCUGUCAACACCGUCAUCUUCUGUGCUCUGGACCCCCAGGACAGGAAGUGGAUAAAAGACGGCUCCUCUUCUGCAAAGAUCUUCGGCUUCGUGGCGAGGAAGACCGCGAGCGGGACGGAGAACGUGUGUCACCUGUUCGCCGAGCACGACCCCGAGCAGCCGGCCAGCGCCAUCGUCAACUUCGUCUCCAAGGUGAUGAUCGGCUCCCAGAAGAGCAAGUAGGGCCGGGCCCUCCCAGGCCUGGGACCAAAUCAUACUGUUAUAUUAUUAUUAUUAUUAUCAUUAUUAUUAUUACUAUUACCAGGAGGACGAUGAUAUUUACCACAAGCUCAAAGACCAUUGAGCCCCUGAUCCUCCAGGGCCUGGGACAAUGUGCCUGGUUGUCCCCCCCCCCCCCCAUGACUGCAGCCCUGAGUGGGGCAAGUCCCUUCCUCUCCCCCUCCCCACCCACAAAAACAGAACACAAACAUCCGCUCCGAUGGGCUCGGUCCUGCGGGUUCUGAGAGACGCCGGCACACGCCUGACUCCCGCCGGUCUCCGCGCGAACGGAAAGGCUGCGUCUUCACCGUGAAACGCCGCUAGGAGAGGAGAACUGCUGGGUAACACGACACAGAGGCCCGGGUGGGCUUCCUAAAGGGAUCCUCUGUCGGACACACACGGAGUUUCAUGUCGAACGUGUAUUUAUUGCUGGAAGUCGUGCGUAUCUUCGCUGAGUACAGGGUUCAAAGUGCUUCUCCCCCACUCUUUCGGCCCCACACUGGACCUUGUUACACGAGUGUGAGGUUUUGUGACCGAUUUUAACUGGAGAAGGCUGCUCCUGGGGGUGAGGGAAAGGUUUGGUAUCUCUGUCCUUUCAUCGAAGUGACCUUCAUGAAGACCGAUGCGAAUGUUAACUAGCCAUUGACAGUUUAAUAACUUCAAUUCCUUUUUUCUGCUAUUCUGGUAAAGCAUAGUCAAAUAUAAUUAACAAGCUUUAUAAUGAAUGAAAUUCUUUUGGAUGUUUGGGAAUGCUUCCUGAUGGCUGGGGAGGUUUUCGAUGACUCACCCCUUCAAGAAGAUCAGACAAAAACAUUGUGUUCUGCUGCCAGCCCUUUCCCAGCGACUGUUCCAAACCCCAAAAUCCUUGGGCUGAAAAUCAUAGGGGGCACAACUGUCUUAGCCACUUACCGCAAUUUAACCCCAGAGAGGCAUUCUCUACGCAGAUUCUGCAAAGGCUCUCUAUACUUCCUCCAGGAGCUGCUUAAACGGGUUCUGUAUAUGGAUUCCCUAUAUAGUAUUCUGUAUAUACAGUAGAUAUUCUACACCUGUGCGUAUAGGGUUGGUUCGUCAGAUGUUGGUUUUCUUACGCUUCAGAAGGACUGGCCUGUUUUAGAGCUGGAUUCUGGAGUUAUGCGAUGCAGUCUGCACAACUAGCGUAUUAUAGUCCUGCAUCACUAACCCAAAAGCAUAUCCUGCUGAAUGACGUAUGUAUGGUUUCCCAUACUGUAACGCUGCGUAUGUACUAAACCUGCAGACCAGAACACCAGAACUCAUCUGGCACUAAAUACAAUCAUAUUUACUCAUUUUAGCAUUUGUUACAUUACAGGAAUUGUUAACAGACACUCGUAUCCAGAACAACUUAUACAUACUUUGCAUUUUUAUGUGGUAUCCAUUUCUACAGCUGGAUAUAUAAUGCAGCAAAGCAGGUACAAUUCCUUGCUCAAACAUAUAACAGCAGUCUACUAGCAAAAUAAGACAGUGAUGGAUUAUAUCUUAGUCCCAUUCUUAGUGCCGUAGAGGAGACUGAUUAAAAAUAUUUGAUGUAAAUUAAACUAUGUCAAGCCUGUUUUUGUAUUACAGACAAAGCUGGGUUCUGUAAAAAAUCAUGUAUUCUGCAUUUUCCUCAAACUGACAUUGCAUUUCCAUUUAAGUGCUCACAAAUUAGGCAUCGUGUCAUGACCCUGAUAUCUUUUAAAAGUAUUGCUUUAAAACAUUUUAAAUUUUUGAAUAUUUUUUACUGUAGUGUACCAUGGAAAAAUAAGACAAUAACCAAGGAGUAUUUCAGUAUGUGAACCCUAAUAUAUUUUAUUACAAGAUGAAAUGAUUACCUUUACAUUGAUUUGAGAACUUCACUUAGAUAUUGAUUACCCUUUAUGAUGAACUGAAUUACAGUAUAUAGUGUGCUAUUUAUAUAAAGCAUAGUUUGCCUUUUAACAGUUUGUAUCUGCUGCGAUAUUUAUCCAUAUCCCCAUGUGUAUAAUUCUUUUAUAAAAAAUUCAUAUUCAAAAUUAAGUUUUGUAUAUUUACAGUACUUUUGCAAUGAUGAGAAGCUAGAAAAAACAGUGCUGUUCUGUGGAAACGUCUUGCGUUUGGUUCGCUAUACUCUAAUAACCAUAUUUACUGCACUGCAUUUCAACCAAAAUACGGUAAGCUGUGAAAAAUGGUUUAACCCUCAGUACACGCAAACUGGUCUGCGACUAAAAACCACUCCUAUUAAUGCAGAUACAUUUCGACUUAAUGGACAAAAUAUUAGAGGAAUAUACGUCUGUACAGCCUAGUAACAUGACAACGAAAGUCUUUUUUUUUUUGUUUCAGAGGUAGUAACCCAGUUUAAAAUAUAUAUUUUUGGAUUUUUAUUUCCUUUUGAACAUUGUAAUAUGUAAGUUUCCCAAUAGAAUCUAUAUACUUGAUGCGUUUUCCAUAUUAAGUUUGAGUUUGGACAGGGCCUAUGAAGUGUUUUUUAAAACAAUGAACGCUCCCUGUCAAAGCUGUAUGUGUUCCGUGUUCAUGUUUAUUUUGCCUGGUGUUUGACAUAAUGUUCUUCUUUGAACUUCCUGUAAAAAAACAGACAUAUGUAUUUGUUUUGUAAAUUAAUGCUGUAUAGUUAUUUCUUGUACCACCUACGUAUUUUCAAAUUACAAUAAAACUCAUUCACAAGA